UUUUUACUCUGCAGAAUAGACAUUGUCUGUCAUCGAGAGCACAGGCGAUCUCGUUUCCGACUUUAAUUCUCUCAAUCUCUCACCUUUACAAAUAGUCAAAUUAUUUUAAUUUUUUUUUUUCGUUCAACUCGAAAAUUCCACCAAAUAACAACUAUUGAUUCUGUGCAUCAUUGUUUGAUGCUAUUUAACAAAAUCAAAUUCCGUGUGCCAAUAGUAAUUUAGUCUCGUUGUCAUUUUUUUUGCUAAAUAUAUAAUUGAGAUUAGGUGCACAUAACACUUCGUUUUCAUUGUAUCUCAUUUUGAUUCGUGUUUAAUUCUGAAUUUGUGUUUCGCUGAGCGAUAUCAUUGAAGAGGUUUACUUAUAACGUACAUUUUGUCAUUUGUGCACUCGCCUUUACAGAGUUUUGAAAUUUUCCGAAUUAUUCGAAUUUGAAGGUAACGAUGCCCGGUGGUAAUGUUUGCGAAGAAAAUCUCGAGCAACGCAUCGAACGAAUUCGUAAGAGAGAUGAAGAGAUCGAGAAAAAACAUCGGGAAGCUGAAGCAGAUCGUUUAGCUGCAUUACAGGCGAAUGCAAUGGUUAAAAUGACCGCACCAUCCGAUGAUGAGUGGCCAAAGGCGCACAAGUACGAUAAAUUGGACUUCACAUAUGACGUGAAAAAUGAUGAUGCCGACAGUGAUGAGAAGAAAACAAUGGAUGAAAGUCGAUUACAACGUCCAUUUAAAAAAUUUCCAGAAGGUCAAGGUCCACCGGCCGAUCCGACGUACAAUUUUCUAGCGGAUGCCGAACGUGAUGGUAAAUCGCAAGCAAACAUCGCUUCAAAUGAUAAUAAGAAUUGGCGUGCUAAUAAUAAUAACAACAAUAAUAAUAGCAAUAUAACUGGCGCAUCGAACAACAAUAAUCGCCGUAAUAAUUCCAACAAUAGUAGUUUCAAUCGUGGACGAAAUGGAGGCAAGGGGAAAAAUCCAUUGCAAAAAGGUAAAAGUGAUGAACCAAUUUUACGUAAAAAUGAUCGUGAACGUACAAACGAGGUACGACAAAAUCACGAACCACGAUUGCAACGACAAAAGUCAAGCGAUGGCAUGUGGAGACGCACCGAUGAUAGGAAAUAUGACGGCAAAGAAGUCAAAAUUAACGUUCCAAAUUCACCAACUGGCAAAAAGAUCGAUGGAAAAAUUGGCGCUUUAAAUUCGAAUGCAAAAUUAAGCAGUAAAGCAUCCAUCCAACAGCGUGCGAUUCCAGCCAAAUCAGAUGCAGACAAUUUACAACAAAAAUUAUCCGAUUUAUCGAUUGAAAAGCGCGGCAAUAUCACCGUAUCAGUCACUAAAGACGGUGAAGUCAAAAGUGUCAAAUUGGAAGCAGCAAGAGUGUUCGGAACUGGUCGUGUUGGUGGCGGAGCUCUUAUGCGGCAACCACAUCAACAACAACAACAACAACAACGGCAACAACAACAAUCAUUCGUCUCGAAUACAAUGCCCGCUAUGAUGGAUACGAACUUGAAUGCAAAUGCAUCGGCAUUGAUUAACAUGAACUAUCCGGUGAUUGAUCAAUUCAAACCGCCAAAUUCGCAAUUAAAAUCUGAAUCACUCAUUCAGGCCCCGAUUAUAACACCAAAGCCAAUCAUAAAUGGUGUACCCUUUAAGUUGCCAAGUGUUCAAGACCGACUUGUCAAGAAUCGUGUUUUCUUCGAUGAAAACCUUAAGAACACAGUUCAUUCUGGUAAUGGCAAGUCUUAUGCUGGCAAUCAAUGAACGAUUUUUUCUAAAUGAUGAUUCUUAUCAAAAGGAUCCAUAAACAAAAAAAAAAACAUAAAUAUGCAUAGUUUGACACACCCCACAAAAUUGAACUUUGAGAUUUAGACAAAGUACGUCACGUUAGAAAUACCGUGCAUUUGAUAACGGAUUUUUUUUUUUUGGUUGAUUAUCAGUUCGUUUAAUAUAAAUCAUUCAUUAUUUCGCGACCAAGAAACAUAAAGCAAUUUAUUAGAGUAAUUUAUCAAAACAAUUUUGUGGAACGAAAAGUAUUUAUUAUUUUGUGAACCGCUAGCAAGGUAGCACGUCAACGCAUGCGAUGCACACAAUGUGAACCAUGUGUUAUGACAUUAAAAAAAAAAAAUUUCAUCUUUGACUA